GGAGCGGAGGGCUUCACUGGAAGGGCGUUGUCUCGUAAGCGACCUGCUAUUGGAGGCUGCCUUUUCCCCAUAAGGCUCGGUCUCCCCCCCCCCACUCCCUCCUCUCGCUGGCGUCAGAAAUAGAAACGACUCGGUCCAGUUUGGCGACAAUCGAGAGAGGAACGCGCCGGCUCGAAGGGCGCCCUGGAUUUCCCUGGCUCGCUGUCAGAACGCAAAAGGAAGCCGAGGAGCCAAAGAAAGGACGACUUUCCCCAUCGCCAAGAGCUUCUGGAUUGCUUGCCUUCCUUCGGCCUUGGAGGAAGCCCAACCCCCGCCUUUAUUCCGUAAGGAAACGCGUUACGGUUCUCGGAGCCACAAGGUGCAUCGCAACCACCCCAAAAACAAAAAAACACAAAAAAACCCCAAACCCGGAGCAAAAACGCAUCUGAAACGGUUCAGGUUUGAAAGGACGCGUCGGGCACAGCGAUCAUGGCGCUGGAUUUCCUCGCAGGCUGCGUAGGAGGUGCUGCUGGUGUACUGGUAGGACAUCCAUUCGAUACAGUUAAGGUGGGUUUACUUUUUCACAAGCUUUCUUGGAAUAUGUGAUUAGACUGAAGGCAGUACUUGCCCUUACCAAUAGAAUAGGGAAGGGAUCUAGAUGUUUGAGGCCAUUUAAGUAAAACACCUCCUAGAGACCUUCCAAUAGAUUCCAGUUAUACUAAAACAUGGCAAUGUCCCAUGUUGCAUUCAACGUAACACAGAAAUGGAACAUUUAGAGUUUCAAAUUAUGUCAUCUCUUGUUUGAGGCACUUAAAAAAUGUUCUGAGGUAUAUGUCUUCAACCAUAUUUUUAAUAUGAUACUUCAAUGGCAUCUAAUAAAUCCUAGAUAUAGUCUUGAGUGUACAUAACUCAUUUGUACUAAAAUAAAAAUUUAAAAUGCACUUUCCUUGUUCCUGCUUUAUCUGGUACACUUAUUUUAUUUGCGUUUGAAGCAAUUAAUUUGUUAAUUAUAUUGACCAGAUGACUGUUUGCUGCAUGAUGAAACAGUCUUGCUGAUUUAAUGUGCUUCUUCCCAUCCAAGAAAAGCUGUUGUGAGUUUUCAAUGACAAUUUUUAUUUUCUUGUUUAAGACAUGGAUGUAUAUUGGCUGCGGUUGGAAAGUUCAGUAGUAGAUUAUUUGUCAAAAAAUAAAUAAAUUUGAAUUUGGGUAAUGUUUGCGCCUGUAAGGAAGUCAAAUAAUAUUCAAAACAGGACUGUGAAAUAAGAUACUAAUAAUGGGACUACAAGGAUUUCAAGUUGCAAACAUAUUUGCAUUUUUAAUUCAGGGAAUCCCUCACUAAAAUAUAUGGGGUUUAUUUUGGAAUAUGAAUGUGCAGGGUGAAGCUGUAUGCUAAGAAUAUAAAUUAAAACAAAUGGACUUAAAUCCAAGUAUUUUGGCUUGUAUGAGAAUUACGUAACCUUUUUGAAGAGAAAAUGUGCUGAAUAACACUCUGUAUAACCUUAAAAAGUAAAGGAAUAGUUAGCCAUAUAAGCCUUGAGAAAUGGAGCUUCUUGGCAUUUUCUAGUUAUUUCAUGCCAAGAAAUAAUCUUUGCUAUGGAUUCAUUCUAUUAAAUUGCUCAGAACUUCUUUUCACAUUGUUUCUUAUCAGAACGAGUAGGUUUUAGGAGUUACACUUAAUCCUGCAUAUAUUAUAAUGGACAGGUUCACAGAAUGAGUUGGCACUCCUGAAUUGAAAUUUAUUUUAGUUUAAUUGUUUUGGUGUAUUUAUAUUUCACCUAUCACAAACAUGGUAUCUGUGGGAUGUUUAAGUGGAUAUUCACUGGCUAUCUUAGUUUAAAAACAAUUAUUGCAUCACAUACCCUCAAACUGUGCCUGGGGACCAAGCUAUAUGCAUUCUUGGAAAUAUGUUCAAUACAUUUGCUUUGUAAGAAAACUCUAUCAUAUUUGGGAGGUUACUUAAUUUAUCACAAAUCGCCGAGAGACUUUUAUAAUUCGCACAAUUUCAACGUGAAAACAUAAAUAAUUUCUUCUAUAAAUAUACAUACCUAUAAAGCAUUUAUCUUAAAUGCUUAGCUUGCUACCGUGUUGUUAAAGGAACAGUGAUAUGGCUACUCACACUGAGGAGGGGGAAUCUGUUUUGCAGACAGAUGUAUUUGAAAGCGCACCCCACUGAGGGAUUAGCUUUCAAGAAAAUAUGAACAGGAUUGUAUCAUUGCUUUAUUUUAAUCUAAUUUAUUUUAAUGGCUUUAGUUGUUUUAUUUUAAUAAAACAACUGAUUUUACGAAAAGACAUUUAUUAAAUCUUUGUUAAGCCUUACCUAAUAUGACAGUCUUUUCCUAAUGAAGCUGAAUAAUGUAGCUAGGCACUAUUUUCUCUUGAAUGCUAAUUUAAAGCAAAGUUUAAUAACUUUCAAGUAGUUGUAACGAUUAGGCAGGCUGGGUUUGUGGGACGGGGAGGGUAGGGCUUGUAAAAUGGGGAAGAUGCUGAACUGUUUUGGAACCAGCUCUUCAAAAGGAGACUCCUGCCCCACUUUGUUGAUGUAAUGUGUACAAUUGCUUUGUUGCUUAACUGCCUUUACUUUUUGAGCUAGGGGCUGUCUUCAUUAACAGCAAAAGUGUUACUUUGUUGUAGAUGACAGAUAAGCCUCAUCACGGGAGAGUUACCUAGUACGUCUUCAAGUUCAAAGUAUGGAGAAGCCACUCUACCGUGGGACUGUACAUUGUUUCCAGUCUAUCAUAAAGCAAGAAUCUGCUCUUGGACUUUAUAAAGGUAUUGGAUCGCCUAUGAUGGGCCUCACCUUCAUCAAUGCCCUUGUCUUUGGUGUUCAAGGGAAUGCUCUCCGUGCUCUUGGAAAGGACACACCUGUACAUCAGUUCCUUGCAGGUUCAGCAGCAGGCGCCAUUCAGUGUGUGAUCUGCUGUCCUAUGGAACUGGCUAAGACACGGAUGCAGCUGCAAGGAACAGGGGAAUACAAGUUGAAGUCCAAGAACUACAAAAACUCUUUGGACUGCUUGGUGAAGAUCUAUCGAAAGGAAGGCCUGAAAGGCAUCAACAAGGGAAUGGUUUCCACGUUUCUGAGAGAGACCCCCAGCUUUGGUUUCUACUUUUUAACCUAUGACUGCCUCACAAGAUAUCUGGGGUGCGAAGCGGAAGAUAAUUACAUUGUUCCCAAACUUCUUCUGGCAGGAGGCAUGUCUGGCAUAGUCUCCUGGCUCUCUACGUAUCCUGUGGAUGUCAUCAAGUCCCGCCUUCAGGCUGAUGGAGUCGGAGGCGUUGUACGGUACCAGGGUAUUCUGGACUGCAUUAGAAAAAGCUACCGGGCUGAAGGCCCAAGGGUGUUCACAAAGGGUCUUACAUCUACCUUACUUCGGGCUUUCCCUGUUAACGCUGCAACAUUUGCCACUGUUACAAUAUUCCUUACAUAUAUGAGGUCGGAGGAUGGCCAGAUCAGAGGCGAUUUAAGUGGAUGUGAGGCUGGUCCAGUGAUCCAACAACCUUCAAGUUUUUAAAUUGACUGGAAGAUAAAGUUGUACCUGUUACAUGUAAGAUGUCAUCUUUUUUUUUUUUAAAGAAUAUUUGGAUACCAAGAGUAUACAUUCUGUAUAAAGCAUCUUUUUAAAAAUCUCAUUUAUAAAAGCAGCUUAAAAGCAGCUUUAGGAAGACUCCGAGUUGACUCUAGAAACUCGGGACAAUAAAAGGAUUUGCCCUUUGAACAUGUGCUCAAACCACAUCUGCUGGAUUUUUCCGGUUAGCCUUGACUCCAAUCCCCACAAUCCCCAGCCAGCCAGCACAUUAUUAAGGAAAUCCAAUGCAGUCAUUAGUUGAAGUCAGUUUCAACGUAUUGCAGACAGCUCAAAAUGGCUACUACAUCUAUCAACCCUGAUGCUAAAUUCCUAUUCAGACUCUGUUCAAACAAGAAGAGAAGAAAUGGAGCUUUGAACAGAUAAUGAAGGCUUGUAUGCACAGAUGUUACGCCCCUUUCAUGUUUAUUGGGAGCGUAGGACUAGGGCCAGCAGCAUACUUCUCUCAACGCACAUUAAAAGGUCUGGAUGGAUUCUCUGUUCUGGUUAUUGCUCAGUCUGACCACUAUAUUCGAUUUAGAGCCGAUUGUCCUGGUAAAUGUAGAGUAAAAAAAAAAUCUGUUUCAUUUUCCUGCACUUUAUCCUAGGGGAGCUUGUGUUUUUCCAAAUAAUUUUAGCUUAUAAUUUACAACCAUCUGAUCAGUGGUCCUCCUGAUGGGAACUGAUGGAGAUGAACAACAACUGGAGAACUACAAGCCUUUCCUUGAUUCUAUAUUUUAAUAGCCUGUCGCAAGUCAUUCUGUAGAUAAUGUAAGCUACACUUUUUACCAUUCUUGUUAAUUAGCAGUACUUGUCAGGAAGCCUGUAGCCUCUUCCUGCUAAUUGUGAAUAUUUUAGUACAGUGUAUGAACAGCCUGCUUUAUUAUUUGAUCAGUAUGCAGUAAGAUCAGUAUCUCAGUCAUGCUGUUCAGCAUGUAGAUGCUUUCCUGCUAUUUUUAGAUUAUGGUUUGUUUUUCUGUGUUACUAUUUGCAUUUGGCUUUUAAUUUUUUUUUAAUGUAUCCAGUUGCAUCUUGUAAAUAUUUAAACAUAUUUUAGUUACUAUGUUUUGAGUUGGAAGCUAGAGUAUAUCUAGAAACCUUGUUACAACCCAAAAUGUAGACUAUUGUUUUUAGGGUGAUGGUGAUAGAUGUGCUUAAAUUAUCAUUUCUCCAUUACUGGGGUGUAUGCGCAUAAUUAUGAACUAUAUGUAAUAAGAUAAAGGAUGAAAGUAUAUUUAAAUUAAUUUAACAGAAGUGUGUUUUAGAGAAUUCAAUAAUGAAAACAGAAGUCAAGCUCGGUAGUUUUGGAAACUUUGGUGAAUAAGAGACCUGACAAACUGUUAAGCCCAUUUCAUAGCAUCCUUAAAUAAGAAUGCUGCAACGUUGUCUCACUGACAUCAGCAAUAGUACUAAAUUAAUUGGGUUUUAUUAACAAAUGUUUAAGGUUGCAGUACUAUACACACUUAUCUGGAUGAUUAAACUCCAAUUGGGCUGAUUUCUGAACAGCAAUAAAUAUCAUUGGCCUAGUCAUAAUAUCUCUCAAGGUGUGCAAGGUAUACAGUCUGGCCAGUCAAACAUCUAUUCCACAUCACUAAGUGAAGAAAUUUUUUUUUACACUAAAUCAGAAUUUUGGCAUCUCCUUUUGUAGUAAUGAAGUCUGUAGGGGUUUCCUAUAAGUAUUAAGAAAUCUUAAUUAGCUUAACCAAUUAGCUUAAUUAAUUAGUAAUUACAGGUAGUUUUGUUUCUAUCCAUAUCCUCCUCACUUAAAGAUCUGCUCAUAAUAAAGCUGUUGUGAGCAGAAAAAAACAUUUCUUGAAUUAUAUGCCAACAUUUUCACAUGGACUUGAAUUGGAUGCCUUGGAGGGGGAGUUUGGACAUGCAGAGUAUUUUUACAAAUCAAUUUGAGGAAAAUCAAAUUAAACCAAUUUAAUGUUGUAAUUCAAAUUGAAGCCAUUCAGCACAGUACUAUAGGAUUGGGUACAAUGUCUGCUCUGGUUAAUUUCCUCACAAACUGUGUCCCACAAUAACAAUGUAAAUGUGCUCAUUCAACCGAGUUGGGCAAAAAGAUGAUGUGAAAUUCCUCAAGUGCAAAGCAUGGAUUAACUCUGCCACUUACCCAUUCAAGAAAUACAGUAUGUAAUGUGAGAUUGCCAAGCAGCAAGAACUCGGUGUAACAUUUCAACUGAAACUUAAAAGAAACAGGAUGUAAGACAACUUCAUACUAUUUGUCAUUGCCUCUAAGGACACCUUGACAUUCAACCAACUAUUUGGCACAUAUAGUGGGUCAUUAAAGAGCCUUAUAAAUGCUUUAAAUUGCAGUUGCACCAUUAACUUGGCCCUGCAAUAUAUAAAUUGUUUAAACACCAUGUUUCUCACAUGCUUUGAAGUACUUCCUAUUAUUUUUUCCAUUGCUGCCAUGAAGAAUGUACAAGCCCAAUGAAAAAAGGUACCAUUUGCAGAUUUAGCUUUGGAUCAGAGCCUACAUAGUUAUGGGUCCAAAACAUCAGCUGAAGGCCAUUAUUAUAGCUGUUGAAUAGACAAGAUGAAGAAAAACAGGUAGAAAAACUAGCAGUGUGAUAUAGAACAGAGGCUCGUAUGUAGAAUGUACCGUUAACUAACUGCAGUGGAAGAUAUUUUUUGGGACAGGUGCAAUAUGUCUGUUUGAACUCUUUCUAAUAAAAAUCUAGCUGAUUAUUUUAAUAAUAAUUACGCUGGAGAAACCUAUAAAACUGGAUUGCUGCUUCUAUACCAUGCAGGUAUAGUGGAUGUUUUGACACUACUUGCAGGGACAUUCAAAUUGAAUGUGAAACCCAAGUUGUUUGUUGUGCAACGACACUUAUCUUUUUUUGUACAGUAUUCUGUAAAAAUAAAUCUUUUUUUAAAAAAUGUA